AAUACCCUCAGGGGUCCUUUCAAGAACUUCUUAAGUAAGUUUUUCUUCUUUAAUGAAGCAUUGUGUGGUUCUUCAAGUUUUAGUGUUCCACCAUGCCCCACUUUAUCAAAGCAUAGAUCUAGUAGGAAAGAAAAGUUUGUUCUAUUUCUUUUGCUUGGAAUUGCACUAGUAUUUGUUCCUAUCACCUUGGUGUUUUUCUGUAUAAGAAAAGGUAAAAGAGCUCCUCAACAAGCUGAUUCAUUGUCUGCCAUAACAAGAGAAAUAAUUUCAUACUAUAAAUUGCUCCAAGAAACUGAUGCGCUUAGCGAUAGUAAUAUGAUUGGUUUUGGAAGUUUUGGCUCUGUCUACAAAGGCUUUCUUAGAAGUGGAAUUUCCAUUGAUGUUAAAGUGUUAAAUCUUCAACUAGAUGCAGUAUUCAAGAGCUUUGAUACGGAAUGUGAAGUUCUGCGUAGCCUUCGCCAUAGGAAUCUCGUAAAAGUCAUUACUAGUUGUUUCGACCUUGAUUUUAAGGCUUUAGUGCUCGAGUAUAUGGAUAAUGGGAGCCUUGAGAAGUAUUUGUAUUCAUACAACUUAUUCUUAGACACCAUGCAAAGGCUAAGCAUAAUGAUAGAUGUGGCAUGUACAUUGGAAUAUCUACACCAUGGGCGCUUGUCGCCUGUGAUUCACUGUGAUCUUAAGCCGAGUAAUGUCUUGUUGGAUGAGGAUAUGGUUGCCCACCUAAGCGACUUUGGCAUUUCAAAACUACUUAGUGAAGAUGAGAGUGAUUUAUACACUAAAACUUUUGCAACAUUGGGAUAUAUUACACCAAGUACGUCUCUUUUCUGCAUUUGAACAUUCAUGAUUUUUCUCUCUUUUUUUUCCACCAAGAAAGCUUAUAUUGCAUCUUUAAAUUAAUUGUUUGACUUUAGAAUAUGGACUGAAUGGAUUGGUCACAUAAAAAAUGUGAUGUAUAUAGUUAUGGGAUCAUGUUGCUUGAAACGUUUACUUGGAGAAAGCCUAAUGAGUUUGUGUUCUGAUGCAGCAUGGUAAAGUGGUAUCUUAUACGUCUAGGCAGUUAAAGUUGCAUGAGCGAAACUACCCCACUCAUGAAUUGGAGUUAGUGGCCGUGGUGUUUGCACUUAGAAUUUGGAGGCA